AUGGUGAAUACUGCUGACUUGCAAAGUACAUUCCCCUACAACUUAACCAACCCCGACACCAUCCCAGACGAGGAUGAAGAUCCCAUCUACCUGCCACAGCCGAACACCAAGCUCAACGGUACUCAGGCCCAGGCUUACCUGAACGCUGUCAUCGCCAAUGUCACAAACGUGAUAAACUCUGCCCCUUCCGGAGCAUCCAACUGCACCAUCUGCAAGAGCGCUCUUGCUGCCGCGAAACCUGCAGCGCGUGCUGUACCAUCUCUUGUCCCCGAUGCUAUGGUAAAUCUCUGCAAAACUUCUAAACUUCAUAGCAAUGCGACCUGCGAGGAGGACUUCCUGGCCACCACCUUCGGUGCCAUCUGGACUCAAGUUUUGGCCUAUGCGGAUGUCAAGGGCUUGGAUGGCAAUUACAUCUGCCAAAGUAUCGGAUCAUUCUGUCCUCGGCCCACGACGUCGCCAUUGAAUGCCACUUCAUACUUCUCAAAGACCAAGCCUGCGGAUGCCGAAUCUCGGGUGCCCAAAGCAAGCGGAAGGCGAGUCAAGGUCCUCCACAUGUCUGACUUCCACCUCGAUCCACGAUACAAGGUCGGCGCCGAGGCUUCUUGCGCUUCAUCGCUUUGCUGCCGUGCAAACAACCCUAAUCCAACAUCCAAUGGCACCAUUACCCUGCCAGCUGCCUUAUAUGGUUCUUUCCAGUGCGAUACGCCGUAUGAUCUUGGCACCGCUGCUUUGCAGGCCGUUGGGCCGUUGACGGGUACCUCCAAGGGUGGCGAACACCUAGCCUGGACCGUGUACACCGGUGAUCUGGUGCCCCAUGACCCACAAUCACAAUUGUCCCGCGCUUUGACCGAGUACUCUGAAGUCAGUGUCUACGGCAUGAUAAAGCAAUACGUGACUGGUCCUGUCUUCGCCGCUUUGGGUAAUCACGAUUCCAACCCGGAAGCAAUCGAUGCGCCACACAAUCUGCCGGGUCGCCUGGGUCAGCAGCAGAGCUGGAACUAUCACCACGUCGCUGAUCUGUGGAAGAACGAUGGAUGGAUUGAUCUGGGUGCUGCCAACCAAGCCCGGACGCAUUACGGUGGGUACUCUAUCAAGACCCCUCAAGGUCUUCGCAUUAUCACAUGGAACACCGACUUUUGGUAUCGAAGCAACUUCCUCAACUACAUCAACACCACCAAUCCUGAUGCUUCGGGGACGUUAAAGUGGAUGAUCUCCGAGCUGCAAUAUGCUGAGGAUCACAACGAGCUGGUAUGGAUUGUCGGCCACGUCUUGAGUGGCUGGGAUGGUACAAACCCAUUGCCAAACCCCACCAAUCUGUUCUAUCAGAUUGUCGAGCGAUACUCGCCGCAUGUUAUCGCCAACGUCUUCUUCGGCCACACUCACGAGGAUCAAUUCAUGAUUUACUACGCCAACAACGGUACCAACCAAUCUGCAGGCAACGCCCUCACAACCGGCUGGAUCGGCCCGAGCGUCACACCGCUCACCAACUUGAACUCUGGCUUCCGCCUCUACGAAGUUGACACGGGUGACUUCAACAUCUACGAAGCCUACACAUACUACUCCAACGUCUCAACCUUCCCCAGCUUGGACUCCACAGGUCCUACCUACGAAUACGAAUACUCCACGCGCGACAUCUACGGCGCACAAGCUAAUUGGUCCACAACCGCUCCUCUCAACGCCACCUUCUGGCACAAAGUCACCGAAGCCAUGGAGAAAAACAUCACGCUUGUCACACUCCAGAACGAGUUCCAGGGCAAACUGUCGUCCAAGAGUCCGAACUGCACAAAUACCGCGUGA